AUGGCAAAAAAAGAAAUUAAACAUGAUAAUCCAAUGGAUGCAUUGACAUUUAAAUCACCAGAAGGUAUUUUAAUUAAACCAAUCUACACACAAAAAGAUACACACAAUAUUGUUGAAGAUGAAGUUGCAGGUCAAUACCCAUUCACUAGAGGUCCAUAUGCCACUAUGUACACCCAUAGACCAUGGACUAUUCGUCAAUAUGCUGGUUUUUCAACUGCUGAAGAAUCAAAUAAGUUUUAUCGUGCAAAUAUGGCAGCAGGUCAAAAAGGUUUAUCAGUUGCAUUCGAUUUAGCAACCCAUCGUGGUUAUGACUCUGAUCAUCCACGUGUAUCAGGUGAUGUUGGUAUGGCUGGUGUAGCUAUCGAUUCUGUCGAGGAUAUGAAGAUUUUAUUCGAUGGUUUACCAUUAAAUCAAGUUUCAGUAUCUAUGACUAUGAAUGGUGCUGUAUUACCAAUUUUAGCAAUGUAUGUUGUUGCUGCUGAAGAGCAAGGUGCAAAACAAUCAGAAUUAGCUGGUACUAUUCAAAACGAUAUUCUUAAAGAGUUUAUGGUUCGUAACACUUUUAUUUAUCCACCAAUUCCAUCAAUGAAAAUCAUUUCAGAUAUUAUGUGUUACACUUCAAAAUACAUGCCAAAAUAUAACAGUAUUUCAAUUUCUGGUUAUCACAUUCAAGAAGCUGGUGCCGAUACCGCUUUGGAAUUAGCAUUCACUUUAGCUGAUGGUUUAGAAUAUGUUCGUUGUGGUCUUCAAGGUGGUGUCACUGUCGAUGAGAUUGCACCACGUUUCUCUUUCUUCUUUGGUAUUGGUAUGAACUUCUAUUUAGAAAUUGCCAAGUUACGUGCUGCUCGUCGUUUAUGGGCCAAACUUAUGAAAGAAAAAUUCGCUCCAAAAGACACCAAAUCAUUAUUAUUACGUACCCAUUGUCAAACCUCUGGUUGGUCAUUAACUGAACAAGAUCCAUACAACAAUGUUAUUCGUACAACUGUUGAAGCUAUGUCUGCUGUUUUAGGUGGUACUCAAUCACUCCACACUAAUGCCCUCGAUGAAGCCAUUGGUUUACCAACUGAAUUCUCUGCUCGUAUUGCUCGUAAUACUCAAUUAAUUCUUCAAGAAGAAACUGGUAUUCCACGUAUUGUUGAUCCAUGGGCUGGUUCAUAUGCUAUGGAAUCAUUAACAAACGAACUCGAAAAUAAAGCCAAAGAGAUCAUUGACGAAGUUGAAAAGAUGGGUGGUAUGGCUAAAGCUGUUGUUGAUGGUUUACCAAAACGUAGAAUUGAAGAAGCCGCCGCUUCUCGUCAAGCUAGAAUUGAUAGUGGUAUCGAAACUAUUGUUGGUGUCAACAAAUACAAAUUAAAGAAUGAAGAAAGAAUCGAUAUUCUCUCCAUUGAUAACGAUAAAGUAAAGGCUUCACAAAUCGAACGUCUCUUAAGAGUCAGAGCCACUCGUGACCAAGCCAAAGCUAAUGCUGCUUUAGACGCUCUUACUGAAGCUGCUAAAUCUGGUAAUGGUAAUCUCUUAGGUUUAGCCAUUGAAGCUGCUCGUGCUCGUUGUACCGUUGGUGAAAUUUCAGAUGCUUUAGAGAAGAUUUAUGGUCGUUAUAUUCCAACCUCAACCUUAGCCAGUGGUGCUUAUAAAUCUGCUUAUGGUAAUGCCGAUGUCAUGGAUAAAGUUUUAACAAGAGUCAAAGAGUUUGCAAAGAAACAAGGUAGACCACCAAGAAUUCUCAUCGCUAAAAUGGGUCAAGAUGGUCAUGAUAGAGGUGCUAAAGCUGUCGCUUCUGCUUUCUCAGAUUUUGGUUUUGAAGUUGAUUUAUCACCAUUAUUCAGUACCCCAGAAGAAAGUUGUAAAUUUGCUAUUGAAAGUGAUGUAGAUGUUGUUGGUAUUAGCAGUCUUGCUGCCGGUCAUAAAACUUUAGUUCCAGCUUUAGUUGGUGAACUUAAAAAACAUCAUGCUGAACACAUUACUGUAAUUUGUGGAGGUGUUAUUCCACCACAAGAUUAUGAUUUCCUUUAUCAACAUGGUGUUGCUGCUAUCUUUGGUCCAGGUACCCCAAUUACUGAUGCCGCUUUAGCUGUUAUUGAUGCUGUUGAAAAGAAAUUGGCUGAAAAGAAAUAA